CUCAAUCCUACACCUCCCUCCCCGCCAACCCCUUCCGCCCAUCUAAGAUAAAUCCAAGAACCGACACCGGAGGAUCUCACAAGGGUAAACUUCUUCUCAGAGAAUGGAUACAUCUCUUGGCGGUGGGAGGAUACAGGAUACAGAAUGGUUUGCUAAAGAUGACGGUUAAAGAAGAUGAAGGAGGGGGGCCAGGGCAACAGGGGUUUCCAGGGUUGGGUGGAGAAUCUACAGUUAAGGGGUAUAUAAUCGAUGAUGACGGACUGGGAAUGAAAGCAUACGAGGUUAUUGAUGUCGGUCAGCAGAGACCAAGCCAGGUUCAGGAGAACUCUUCUGAAUCUAACAUUAUUCGAACAGCUGUGUCUGUUGAACCGAAGGCAAUGAAUUUCAAGCUGAGUCCACCACCAAGCUACAAAGCUGUGGUUUAUUCAGAUAGCAGAGAACUAAUAGAAGGAGGGGAAGACCGGGAAACCUGGGGUAAGAAAAUAGAAUUCCUCUUAGCAGUUGUAGGGUUUGCAGUUGACUUGGGGAAUGUUUGGAGGUUCCCUUAUAUCUGCUAUGCAAACGGUGGGGGAGCAUUUUUGAUUCCUUACUUUACAAUGCUGGUCUUUGGGGGUCUUCCUCUCUUCUAUAUGGAGCUCUGUUUAGGGCAAUUUCACAGAUGUGGAUGCUUGACCCUAUGGAAGAGAAUUUGCCCAAUGCUCAAGGGGGUAGGGUAUGCUAUCUGUGUGAUAGAUAUAUACGUUGGUAUGUUCUAUAAUACAAUCAUUGGUUGGGCUGUCUACUACCUUGCAGCUAGUAUCUACUCUGCUGCCCAGAAUCUGGGAGGUGCGAACACUUCCCUGCCUUGGACAUCCUGCGGAAACUCCUGGAACAACAACAACACCUGUGUGGAUAUACAUAUGACAAAGGGUCGGAAACUGAACAUCUCGAGUCCCGCUGAGGAGUAUUUUAAAUAUGGGGUGUUAGAAGUUCAGAAAGGAAACGGUUUAGCGGAUUUGGGACAAAUUAAACCAGAAUUAGCGUUUUCUGUUUUGUUUGUUUUCGUUCUUGUUUACUUUGCUCUCUGGAAAGGUGUAAAAUCUACCGGCAAGGUGGUCUGGAUAACUGCGAUAGCUCCAUACAUAAUACUUGCCUGUCUUCUUGUAAGAGGUGUUACUUUGGAUGGAGCUAUGACAGGGAUAGAGUAUUAUCUGACUCCACAGUGGGAAAGACUCUAUGAGAGAAAGGUUUGGAUAGCUGCUGCAACCCAGAUAUUCUUCUCCCUGGGACCAGGGUUCGGUACUCUCCUAGCUCUCUCCAGCUACAACAAGUUCAACAACAACUGUUACAAGGACGCUUUAAUAACCAGUUCUAUAAACUGUUUUACCAGUUUUAUUUCUGGAUUCGUCAUCUUCAGUGUUCUAGGAUACAUGUCCAAGAUGCAGGGAUUACCGAUAGAAAAGGUUGGUAUGGAAGGGGAGGGUCUUGUAUUUGUCGUGUACUCUGAUGCAAUCGCUUCAAUGCCAGGAUCAUUUUUUUGGGCUAUCCUCUUCUUCUUUAUGCUUAUUACUCUUGGUUUGGAUAGUACUUUUGGAGGCUUAGAAGCUAUGAUUACAGGGCUAUGUGAUGAGUACCCAAAACUUCUCGGAAGACGGAGAGAAUUAUUUGUUGGAUUUCUACUCCUUGGAAUAUAUUUGUGUGCCUUACCAACCUGUACAUAUGGAGGUAAAGAUCUUGUCUCGAUACUGAAUUCCUCUGGAUCCUCCAUACCUUUACUUCUUGUAGUAUUUGUAGAAGCAGUUGGAGUAUUCUGGUUUUAUGGAGUUGCAAGAUUUUGUGAUGAUGUAGAACUGAUGAUUGGACAAAGGCCAGGACUUUUCUGGAGAAUUUGCUGGACCUACAUCAGUCCUGUUUUCAUAUUUGUAAUCCUACUAUUCAGUAUUUACGAUUUUGCCCUUCCGAUAGAUCUGGUUGCAGAACCAGUUCCUAGUUGGAUUUCCGGCCUAGGAUGGUGCCUGACAAUGUCGUCUGUGUGGUUUAUCCCGGCAUACAUUAUUUACAAGUUCUAUAACGUGACAGGAACCACAAGAGAGCGAAUUCAGAAGAUGAUAACACCUGAGGAGUUUAUGCCAAGGUCGUCUUCUAAAAUUGUAAAACCUGUGGACACUCAUCUUAGCAUAAAGAAUACUCUCAGCUUUAAUUCAGGAGCUCUUGCCACAGAUCUUUAGAGCUUUACCGAGAAUCAUGGAAUCAAACUCCGAGAAUAAAAAAUGGAAAUAGACAUAUUCAAAAAAAUAUAAAUUUUUGAUUGAAAAUGCGCAUAUCAAUUAGUUUUAAGGGUACCUAUUAUAUUCUAUUCUAAGUGGGUUAAAUGAGAUCAUAUCAUCAACUGAGCAGCACUUGAUUAUGCUUUCAAUAAUGUUAAGGGAAUUAGAUUUAACAGUUUUAAGGAAUAUAUAUUAUUGUUGUUAUUUAUAAGAGAACCUAUACAAUGCUUAAGGAAUAAAUAUGUUCAAAUAAUUA